AGUAUAGGUCUCUGCAGAUCAGGGUACUCGGGUAACACGGCAAUGUCUCUCCCGUGCAGCAGUUGGCAGUAAUGCGCUCUUGACGGCUGAGGGCCGUGUGCAGUUAAUGAACAAAAACAUGGCGACGUCCUUGGUCAGACAGACAAAAUUGCUGUCGAUUGUGAGCAGCCAGUUGAAUUCUGCUGCAUGUUUCAGGAACAUUCACUGCUCUGCAGCUUGUUUGAAGAACCGUGCAGCUCGUAUUCGAGUGGGUAAAGGAGACAAGUCAGUGACUUAUGAGCAGGCGUAUCACCCUCAUCACAUCGGCCACAGGAAAGGCUGGCUCUCACAACACACCAGUAAUCUUCAGGGUGAAGAUGGAGCGGCGGAGCGUGUAGUAGAGGAUGUCUUCAUCAGACGCUUCAUGUACGGCACGUUUCAUGGCUGUUUAGCGGAUGAGGUGGUGAUCAAACGCAGAGGAAACCUCCUGGUCAUCUGUGCGGUGAUGAUACAGAAACUCUUACCGUCGAAAUUCUACUUUCUCAUUGGUUACACAGAGGAGCUGCUCUCACAUUUCUACAAAUGUCCGGUUAAAAUCGAGAUGCAGACGGUAGAAGAAAAAGUCGUCUAUAAAUAUCUCUGAGGCCAUGUGUUCUGUGUUUAGAAAACUGCUAUUAAAGGGAGAAGCUUAAGAAAUGUUUUUUUUUAUUUAUUUGGGUAAUCAUUAGUAAAAAAUAUCCACACAAUGGUGACGUGAAGGGGUCUUGGACUGUGUGUGUUUGUAAAGAUAAAAAUAUUUCUUUAUUACUUCAUGCCAUGAUUGGAAAUUAAUAGAGGUUUGAUGCAAAUAUGAAUGUGGUGCUUGGAUUAGUCACCGGCUAUAAAGAAGAAAAUAGGUGAUUGAUUGAAUUAAUUAUUUAUAAUAAAAAAUACAAUAAGGUAAUUCUAAUUACAAAAGGGAGAAUGCCCCGGAAAUAAAUCCCAGGGGGUUAAUAUUGCUCCUUAAUGGAAAAGUAAAUGUAUGACCCUACUUCUUGCAUUAGGUUUUUGUUGUUAAUAAAAAAUGUUUUGAUUUAAUGCAGUAAA